AAUAUAGUCAAUGGUUGCACGGGUCUUAAAGGGUUAUGGUUAUUUUAUACACUAGAAUUGUCAUUUAUAUUUAUUAAUCAAACGGUUUCUAACAUAUUGCUGUUUGUAGUAAAGUUAAGCCAUACAAUACGCGUUGUUUUCCGGGUGAAUACGUCGAUGCCAUAUUUGAAUGGAACCAUGCUUGGUCGGACUCUGGGUUUAAGGAAGCUUGUUCGCCCGGUAGUCGGAGCGGAGGAGGGUGACUCGACGGCGAGAGCUUCAGGCUGUGUGCGAGCUUGGUGACGGACACCGAAAUAUACCAGACACGGCUUUAAUCAACGCAGCAAAGUCCACACGCUUAUUGUAGCGGUCGUUUUGUAUCAUAUCCUGAUUAAAAAAUGUGAUUGUCGUGGGAGGCAGGCGCACCCCAAUGCCAGAGGAACCCUCCAUACUUAUGCACUAGAAUGUACUUGAUGAAUGUACCUCCUGUUGCAGCAGCGCAAACAGAAUGGCGAAGAUGUGGCCCACCUGGAGGCUUUAGCCUUCCAGUUUGCUUCAAUGACUCUGACACAGAGUUGUCCACCAGAGGCACACCUAUCUCAGACAAAGUCCAGAUGAUCAUAGAGAGCCUUAGGAGCACCCAGUCCUCACUCGAGAUGGGCGACGAGAUUGAGGGAAACAUGCUAUCGGGACAGGAAGGCCAUACCCAAGUCUGCAAGGUUGCAGUGGGUUCAUAUGUGGGAGCUAAAUGCAAAACAAAAAGUCCUACUGAAAACCUGCAGGCUCCUGUUUCUUCCACAAACAACCAUGACAGCAGUGACUCGGACAGUGACGAUUCUGUAGACAGAGGGAUCGAGGAAGCUAUACUGGAGUACCUAAAAGAAAAGGACAACCACAAACGCGAGGCUGAACCUUGCUCCACUUUCCUCCACGCAUCCAAAAUUCCCAGAAAAAAUCCAUCCAUUCUUGAGGUUUCAAAGCAAAACUCUGAGACCCAGACAUCCUUUAUUUCAAGUAGUCAGCUGCUAAGAAAUGUCAAAGCUGAGGCCCCAAUAGUAACAGCUAACAUACCUCUGAAAAAGUACAUCAAAAACAAGGCGUCCCUCGAUGAAAACUUUGAUGUGAAUAAAAGUUUAGUGAAAAGUUUAGUCAGUUCAAAAGAGGAAACAAAGAGCCCCUCUAAAUCAGCCAGCCUCUUCAAUAAGUGCCCAGUCACUAUUAAGGUGGAGGAAGACUCAAAUGAUUCCAGUAGUGACGACGGCAUCGAGGAGGCCAUUCAAAGAUACCAGUUAGAAAAGAAGGAGCAGCAAGACAAAAAGGAAAUUUUCACUCCACAUGCAUUCCAGGAGGAAUCUGACUCCACAAGCGAUGAUGGGAUUGAAGAAGCUAUUCGUUCCUACCAGCUUGAGCAAAAGCAGAAGCAAAAACCCUUCAGCAAGCCGUUCGUGCACGCUGUGGGAAAUACAAGCCCGGAAAAAGCUAAGAAACACAGACUGAAAAAUAAAAAGGGCAGAACUGAGAAACAGAUUACAUCUUUUCAACCUCAUCCUUCAUCUGGUUUAACAUCCAAGACAACAUCUUCAGAUGACCAGAAAGGUAAAGGGAACGGGCUACUUUCUAUGAAGGAAGAAAGUUUGAAUCAGCAACCAGCCCCCACUUCUUCCAAGGUCAAUACAACUGCAGAACUGAUGUGUGCUGAAGCAAUACUGGACAUUUCCAAAACUGUCAUGCCUGGGGCCUUCCAUCACAAUAUUGGCCUCAACACUUGUGCCCCCACUGAUUCUUCUUUGCACUCCUCUGUUCCUGACAACUGCACGUAUGAAGAAAGCAACUGCAGCUCCAUCGACAGCGAGGAUGGGAUUGAGCAAGAAAUCAGGAAGUUUCUAGAGCAAAAGGCCCAAAUGCACCAACAGCCACCAAGUUCUAAAGAGCCUUGUGAGAUAAAUCAAUCAGAGAAAGUGAAAGUAAAAGACGUUGCAAUCCAAAAGAAACAGCAUAGAUUGUCUUUAACGCAAAGAAGAAAACACAGGGAGAAAAGCUUCAGUGUCUCCCAGAUGUCAGGAACAGACGACAAAGGUAAAGAAACAUCCCUGACGCCUUCUCCUGAGCCUGGGAAAGAAUCAAACCCCUUGACAUUUACCCAGAGAAAUCAAACGUACCCAAUCACUGCAUUACACAAGACAGACCAAAGUGGAGACAAAAGCAGCUCACUUGACAGUGAUGAGGAUCUUGACACUGCAAUAAAAGACCUGCUCAAAACAAAAAAGAAAUCAAAGAGAAAGAUCAGAGACUUAAAACGGAAAUCCAGGAAGUGCAUUAAAGAUGAAGAACUGCUGUUGGGAGGCGCUUCACACACCAAAAAGUUCAAACCUGAGUCUACUUCCAAAUGUAGCGCUUUGAAAAAAGUACAGAAGAAUAAGGAUGAAGUUAAAGAAAAGUCUGGAUUAAGUAAAAAGGGCACUUUGCUGCAAAAGCAAAAUGAUAAAAAUAAGGAGCAUCACGUGCAAAAAGGUGAAAUGGAGACUAUGAAAAGGGCCGAAGGUGGAGACGGCCAACUGCUGCAUCCCACUGAGGCUCUUCCUCCGACGAAGGAUGACAGCAGCUCUGUAGACAGCGACGAUAGCAUUGAGCAAGAGAUCAGAAGGUUUUUGGCUGAGAAGGCCAAAGUUUCCACUGCAGAGAAAACUAAAGAUGGAGAUGUGUCCAGAAAUGGAACCAUCCUGGUUCAAGAUACAGACAUUAAACAGGAAACUCAGCUGGCUGAGAUUCCUAGAAAAAAUACUAGUCCUCUCCCUGGAUCUCCUGGUUUCCCAGUUCAAGACAAAACACCACAGAAACCACCAGACAUCUGUCCUAACAGUGCACAGUCAUGUGUGUCUUCAGUCCAGUCCUGCAGCCCCAGUCUUUUGGAGCCAGCAGACGGGGCAGGGGCAGCUCGGAAUGAGCAAAGGAGGCUUAAUAUUGGUAGAGAUGAUGUCUGGGAUGCCACCCAUCAGACGGAGAAAGAUCGUCCAGUUUUGAGUCUUAACAUUGCUAAUUCUCGCGCUGAGUCAAUCAAGUGGCGCCAAAGUCUGGGGCUCCCCAUAUCUGACAAGAGGACUCCCAGUCGGACUCCGUUUCAGAUCACCUCAUCAGAGAUCCGAGAGAAUCCACCAGCAACGUUGCCGCAUCCAAAUAAGGGUGUCAAAUUACAGACUCCAGCCACUGCUUGGUUCUCCUCAAGGACCAGCAAAGCACCAUUUUCCUGCUCUCCAGACACGGCUGUCAAUACUUUAGUCAGACCCCCUGUUUUAAAAUUUUUUUCAGCUGCCAGGCAGCACUCAAGGAUGUCCUUUACACAGAGCCUUACGCCUGCUCACAGGUCCCCGUUCACCGUGGAGGAGGAGAGAGCGAGCAUGGUGCAUAUGCCUAAGGACAAGAGUGUGUUUGUUGAACUUGAAUCCAAUAGGACCAACCACGUUCAGGUUCAAAGCAGGGAAAGAAGCGAGGGAAAGGAGAGAGUGGACUUGUUGACUGAGAGAAGUGAAGGCGAGAGCAUGAAGAUAGAUGAUAAAGAAGUGCAUCAAGACAGGAAAGAGGAAGAAUUUAUAGAUGAGUCAGAUUGUGAAUCAGGCAGCAAGACAGAUCCAGAAAACAAGCAGGGCUUUUCCACAUUGUCUUUGUCCAGAGCCAUUGAUCCUGGCAUUACCUUCAGUCCAUGCAUAGCUCUUACUUCAGAAGAGAGAAGCAAGAUGUUCAGCAGGAAGUACCUGGUUAACAAAAACAGAAAGGGGAAUACUUCAUUCAUUAGUGUUCCUGAGCGGAACAGGUCCAUGCAACACAUCAAGAGAAAGCUUCAGUUUGUUCCAGUGAACAGGACAUAGGAGCCACACAACUACAACAGCAUACAGCAUAAAGUUUCAUUUUCAAGGAUUCAUAUUUAUGACUUUUGAUUUCUGAGUUCAUAUUAGCUCGGUUAUUGUGCAUUUCCCUGAGGUUUAAUUUACCCCUGUGGUUGAGUUUUGCGGUUACAAUCUGAUGGCAGGAGUUUAUUUUUUCCCCUAGAUUUUGAAAAGUUCUCUGUGAAAUUCUAUAACAAUACAUUAGAUGAAAGUUGAAGUUUACUGUUUAAGUUUAACAGUUAUGGGUUUUACUUGCCUGUUAUUAUAAAUUGUAUGUGUUGCCAGGUUAUUAUGCAUUUGAUGUUGACUACAUCUUUUUUUUUCUCUCUCUUUUUUAUGAUAGGUGUUUUAAUACAUUUAAAAACACAUUGUGUACUUAUAUUUGCUUUGUACAUUUGGAAUGUUGUUUGUUGUUGGGAUGUCGUUCUGUUGUGUCUCAAAGUU